AUGUUCAACACAUUUUGCCGUCGGAGGAUGACCGAAAGUUGUUCGCAAAAAAGGCGAUAUGUUUAUUACUUUUCAGCUGUCUUUAUUUUGUUAUUUAUCACACCUGGAUACAGGUGUCACGUAAGAAAAAUUACCGAAGCAGAUCUACGCAUGUACAGGAAACGGGUAGUAGAUAUGUUCAACCAUGCAUACGAAGGUUAUAUGAAAUAUGCCUAUCCUCUUGAUGAACUACGACCUCUCACCUGUGAUGGCCAUGACACUUGGGGCAAAUUUUCUUUGACCCUGAUUGAUUCUUUGGACAUGUUGGCUGUCAUUGGUAAUUAUACGGAAUUUCGACGUGUGGCCAAAUUGAUUUUAGACAAAGCCAACUUUGAUAUUGAUAUCAAUGCUUCUGUGUUCGAGACUAACAUUCGAGUUGUGGCUGGCCUGUUGUCUGCACACCUUUUUUCAAAAAAAGCUGGGAUGGAUACUGAUCCUGGUUGGCCAUGUUCAGGCCCCCUUUUGGAUUUAGCUGAAAACAUGGCACGUAGAUUACUUCCUGCAUUUGACACCCCAACAGGAAUGCCAUAUGGUACCAUAAAUCUACGGCAUGGAGUGCCUAGUGGGGAGACCACAGUUACAUGUACAGCUGGAGUAGGGACAUUCAUCGUAGAGUUUGGAACCCUGAGUAGAUUAACAGGUGAUCCGAUCUUUGAAAAGGCUGCCAUGAGAGCUCUGUCAACACUUUGGAAAUGUCGAUCAGAUAUAAAUUUGUUUGGAAAUCAUGUAGAUGUCCGAACAGGCAAAUGGAUAGCCCUGGAUAUGGGCAUUGGAGGCGGCGUUGACUCUUAUUUGGAGUAUUUAGUCAAAGGGUCCAUUAUGUUCAAUUCUCCAGAAUUAUUAUCAAUGUUUAAUGAAUGUAAAGAAUCUGUUGAAAAGUACUUGAAAAGAGAUGAUUGGUAUAUGUGGGGAAACAUGAAGAAAGGUUCCAUUACGUUGCCUGUUUUUACUUCUCUUGAUUCCUAUUGGCCUGGGAUUCAGAGUUUGCUUGGUGAAACUGAGAAGGCAAUGAAAACCAUCCACAAUUUUCACCAAGUCUGGAAGCAGUUUGGAUUUGUUCCAGAAUUCUACAACAUUCCAAAAGCUGACGUGCAUACUAACCGAGAGGGUUAUCCACUUCGACCUGAGCUGAUCGAGAGUUCUAUGUAUUUGUACCAAGCAACCAAGGAUCCAUAUUUGUUGCAAAUUGGUAUUGACAUGCUUGAAUCCAUUGAGCAAGUCACCAAAACCAGAUGUGGUUAUGCUACGGUAAUUAUAUUAUACCAGUUCAUAUAA